AUGGGCUUUGACGAGCUGCAGGUGCUUUGUUUCGACGGCGCUCCCGACGCGGCCUGGUCGGAGGGGCUGCAUGGACUGCUCGAUUCGACAGGGGCGGCAGGGGAUCCGAAACUCAUCGGCCCGACCGACCAUCAGCCGAGCUUCUACAUCCACCACCUUCCCACUACGCUGACGGCCAAGCGAGUGCUCGACAAUUGGUGCGCCAGGCUUCCCACACUGGCAUCCUGGCUGCCGAAGCAGGGCCGUACAGAGGUGGCACGCCUCAUGGAACGUUUUGACGCGGUCUGCGCGAUGCGGCCGAGCAGCAAGGAUGCCUCGCGAGACUUCCGGUCCAUGGAGGCUCUCUACCUUGCCUCGAUGCUUCUGCGAAUUCUGGAAACGCUUCUGGCGGAUCCGCCGCAGAGCAGGGACAAGGUGAUGCCAGGCCAGCUUGCUGCCGGCCGACACCUCUCCACAUCGCUGUCUAUGGUGAUGACCGCACAGUCGAGGAAGGAGAUGACGGGUCGGUUUGAGGCCUUCGCCGAGAUGGUCACGAAGGCCAACCAGCCGGAGGCUGUGGCCUUCGAUUACGUUCGCUAUGCUGGUGCCUGCUAUGCCUUCGCCUUGACGUGGUCCGUCGCAAUCGGGCCGAACGGCAUCCCGCUUCGGGAGCUGAGCAGGUGGUGCCAGGCGAACAUCCCCGGCUUCCAACUUCCGAAGGGAUGCCACAAGCUCACGGACGUCUUCGUCGACGGCAGCUCCAAGGAUCAGGAGACUGGCUACCUGAAUCCUUGGUACUCCCAGCUUCCCGUGGCCAUGCAUGAGGACCAGAGCAAGAGAGCGCAUUACGGAGACGUGGCUGUGCCAACCGUGCCCGGGAUGUCGUACAGCUACCUCAGCUAUACCCUUCUUCUUGCCGGCAACAAUGUGUUCAUUUCUGGCAGCCCCAGCGUCGGCAAGACAAUGACGGUGUCCUCCACAGAGCAGUCGUUGGCCGUGCUGCAGAAGUGGGAUGCUACAAGCAACGUGCAUCUUACAAUCCUCAGCUUCGGGGUAGCCUAG